AUGUCGGUUGGGGUUGCGCCUAACUGUAGCGUUGCUUAUGACGGACAGAAUGCUGAACAAUUCUCGGCUGGAAUUACAACUUUAAUGCCAGCACAGCAGGGAAAACUCGCAGCAUUAAGUGGCAGUGAGGUAGCACACGUGAGUGAUAUGGUGUUGGAGUUGCCAGACGAUGGAUUGAACUACCAUUCUUUUACUUUUAUACUAAGAUUGCAAAAAAAUUAA